AUGGACAGGACGCAAGUAGUGAAUAUUACUCGUGUAGAAGGUCGAAAUAACCAAGAUGGAAACAUCCAAGUACAGUUCAAACAUGCAGAAAAUGUAAGCUUACGGGUGCGAGCCUCGAAAAAGGAAGCAGUAGUGGUAGAACAAAUCAUCUCCGAGGCCCCUGUGGAAGUUGCUAAGACGAAAGUGAUCAUACGACGCGCCCUGACCAAAGCCAAUAAGUCGUUAUUAUGGCUAGCACAACAAAAACUAAGACCGGCCUACAAAUACGUCUGGUUCCAAGAUGGAAAGGUGCUACUACGUAAAGACGACAAAUCUAAGCCAAAGGUCGCGCGAAGCGAAGCUGACAUUGAGAAGCUCUCAGCACUAACGGAAAUAAUCGGCCAAAGUUCCAAGCGGUAA